GGUUUCACUGGCGAUACUGUUCCUAUUUUUGAUGCUCGCACUCACCGGGGUGCGCUCAAUUUUGCGACUCAAGUUUCAGAGCAUUUACAACGUGAAGUCUCGCUUGGUCGUGUCGCUGGGCCGUUUACGGAUCCUCCCUUCGGGGGUGGAUUUGUUACUUCACCGUUGAACACGGUUCCCAAGCGAGAUUCUGAAGAACGUAGGGUAAUUGUGGACUUGAGCUGGCCUAAGGGCGGUUCAGUAAAUGAUGGUAUUCCGUGUGAUAGUUUUCUGGGAGAUCCGUUCGUGACUUGUUAUCCCACUAUAGAUGACAUUGUGGAAGCGAUCGUGCAGUUUGGCCCGGGUUGUUUUCUCUAUAAGAGGGAUCUGCGGCAGGCGUAUAGGCAGUUUCCUGUGGAUCCCGGCAAUUACCGUUUACUUGGGUAUAUUUGGAAUGGACAUUAUUACUUUGACACUGUUUUAACUAUGGGGUUACGCUCUGCUGCUCAGGCAUGUCAGCGCGCCACCUCAGCGGUAGCUUGGAUUCAUCGACAGCAAGGAAAAGUUUUAUUUAAUUAUUUGGAUGAUUUCAUUGGGGUUUCUGAGGCUAGCUCUGCGACUUCCGAUUUUGAGCAGUUGGGGACUCUUCUCUCCUCUCUGGGACUGAUCGAAUCUGUUUCCAAAGCUUGUCCGCCUUCAUCGCUCAUGCUGUGUUUGGGAGUGAUGGUAGACACGAAUUCAUUUACGUUGUCAGUUAGUCCUGAGCGGCUAGCGGAGUUAGAGCUUCUCUUACAUGAUUGGAGGAACAGCAAAACUGCUCGCAAACGGGAGUUACAAUCCCUAGUUGGCAAACUUGUGUUUGUUUCAAAGUGUGUUCGUCAGAGUCGGGUGUUUAUCUCGCGCUUAUUAAGUCUGCUACGAACAGUUCAAUACAAUCAUCUUCACGUUAAGUUAACCGCGGAAUUUCGCAAGGAUAUUAUUUGGUGGUGUCAUUUCCUGCGGGAAUACAACGGAGUAUCUAUGAUUAAAACUACCUCUUGGAGUUCUCCGGGGGAAGUUUUUUCUACAGACGCUUGCCUGAUUCCUCGGCUUUGGCCUCUCUGCAAAAGGAUCUACGACAGACAUUACAAGCUGCUUAUAGCACAGGGACAUAUAGUAAUUUAAAGACUCAAUUUAAGGCCUUUUUUCUAUUUUGCUUAUAUUUUGACUUGACUCCAUUACCAGCAGACAUAGAUACGGUCUGUCUUUAUGUACAGUUUUUAAGUCGUUCGAUUGCACCACCUUCGAUUCGUAAUUAUUUAAGUGGGGUCAAGUUAUUACAUCUUUUCGCCGGUUAUGACUAUGCAUUUACUAAGGAUUUUAGUUUAUCCCUAGCCCUGCGGGGAGUUUCCCCUAGGAUACCACAUGUACCUCAGAGGGCUCCACCGGUAACUCCUAGCCUUUUAUUGCUAGUUGCGCGAACAGUAGAUUUUCAACAUGAUGCUAACUCUUCUACAUUGUAUUGCGCAUUUCUCUUUGCAUUUUUUCUUAUGGCGCGUAUAGCUAAUAUCGUACCGCUUUCUAUUAAGGCAUUUAAUCCUACCCGCGAUCUCACACGGGGUGAUGUUUUGUGUAACGAACACGGGCUUAUCGUCACGUUUAAGCAUACAAAAACUAUUCAGUUCGGUCAGCGUCGAUUACACAUUCCUCUGUUACGUA